AUGCAUAAUUUCGCUAUUCAAUCCAUCUGGGACCACUCCAAACCUAUGCAACGACAGUCGUCUAGAGAUUUACUUCCACUGGCUCCUGAAACCCUCAUCCACGAUGCCCUCCUUCUCAAUUUCGCCUCUGGUGGGUUGGAUUAUCCUCCACCAUCAAAUGCAUCCAUCGUCACCCUUAUACCAGAUGCGAUGCUUCUCAUCCGAGUUAAUGCGGUUUACGCCUGGGAUGUCCGUACUCUACUUCUUACUUCCGUCCUCUUUAUUAUUCAAAUGGCGACGAGCCUUAUCGUUGGCGUUUUGGCUGUAUCAUCCGCCCAGGUAUAUCCUCGCGGAUCAUAUCCUGUGACAGGCUGUCCAGUGUCUCUCACUGCAAAUUUUGCGCGUUUUACUCUCGUCGCAUGGGUACCGUCUAUAAUCUCCCAAGCGACGUACUUUCUUAUCAUGCUUAAUACUCUUGCAAACCUAAUUCGUAGCCUGGAUAUUGGUACUGCUACUUCCCCUGCGUCAGCUUCAGCUGCCAGACCUGCCUUAUCGCCGUCCCGAUUGAAUGCCUCAUCGUUGCCUCCCCAUUCAGUACUUUCAGACUCCCAAGGAGUAACUGCACGUAAUUCAGGGUCCACACAACAUUCUGCUCCAGUUUCUCCAUUACCCACUGCAUCUUCUUCAACGUCAACCAGGAAUGUCAUCUCUUCACCGCCCACGCGAUUGUCUUUGGGUUCCAACCCACCGUCAAGAUCAACUCCCUCCCCCGUAAUUUUUGCUCAACCCUUUUCAGAAUCUCAGGCCAUGCCAUACCCCCCACGACGCUCUGAAGCUGCUUUAUCGAGCCCAAAAGAGGUCAGGUUACACUCAUCACCCCAUGAGCCUGGAUCAAAUAUUCCAACUCCGAAAUCUAGCAGUCACGUCCCGAAACAGGGACGUGUCCCUCCGGAAGCGAAUAAAGGAUAUGCAACCUCCCCACUAUCGUUUUUUUAUUUGUUCUCGUGGAACCGGAUAAAGCAGGUAAAAAGGCUCGUGCCUACGAUGAUAGUCUUUAUUAGCCAUGGAGGGUGGUACUUCACAUUGGGAAUUUUGGCAAAGAUUGCGAAUGUGGUUAUGAUAGUCAUGUUUACUGGUCCCCUACAGUCCUUUGCUAUUCCGUUUAUGAUGGCUCUCUAUCCCAUCACAGUUACUCGAAUAUAUUUAUCUAUGGUCUACUACCUGCACUAUCGUGUACCCAUGAAGGGCCCGCGGCUAGUAGCGUCUUACGAUGGUCAAGACUUUGCUAGUGGGUUUAGCGGAGAUGAAGACGACUAUAUCGAUGACGACUAUGACUAUGACGAUGUGGUCACGGACGAUGCGUACAAUCAACAUGGAAUCGAGACUACCUGGGAGAUUGAAGAGCGUUUGACGAUGGGGAGGCUGAGAUUCGACGAAAGAAGAUAUGACGGGCGCGGCGGGAUCCCUGCGAGAGAUAAAGGAAAAGAUUCAGCCAGAGAUAAACAGCUGCCACAUAGGCGCAACUCCGAUAUGAGAAGUAACCGCAUCAGAGGACCGAGAUUAGGGCGGAUCACGUUCGCUGUGCGAGAGUCGUUGGCCACAUCUUCAGUGCUGGAUCUUGGUUUUCUUAGGGACGAAGAGUUCUGA